CGAGAAGAAACCGACCGAAUUUAGUAUAGCUGGUGCCCGUUGGUGUAAGUGUUUGUAAAGCUGCGUUCAAAAUGUUACAAGAAAAGUGAAACCCACCACACAAAGUGCAACAGUUUGCGGAACACGUAUUGCCACGGCAAUAAAUAAAUCUGCAUUUACUCCGGUGGGAUUCUAGUUUGUUUUUAACUAACGGUACUAAUAAAAGAAAUAAGUCAAGAUGACGGUCUUCGGCAUGGUGUCCGCUGUAGCGGGCUUCAUCAAAGUCCGCUAUCUCAUAGACAAAGCCAUGAUCGACAACAUGGUGUUCAGAGCGCACUACAGGGUUACGUCAGCCAUAUUGUUUUUGUGCUGCAUAAUCGUAACUGCCAAUAAUCUCAUAGGUGACCCCAUUCAAUGUAUCAAUGAUAGGGGUGUUCCCGGACACGUGAUAAACACGUAUUGUUGGAUCACCUACACUUUCACUUUGCCACACGAACACGGAAAACAUAUCGGUUCCGAAAUUGCACACCCUGGACUUGGUAACGAGAAUCAAGACAGGAUAUACCACAGUUACUACCAAUGGGUACCUUUUGUCCUAUUUUUCCAGGGAGUUUUGUUCUACAUACCGCACUGGAUCUGGAAGAACUGGGAACAGGGAAAGAUAAGGAUGAUUUCGGAAGGCAUGAGAGGUGCCUUAGUUGGAGACAAGCAGGAGAGAGAGGCGAGACAAAGCCGUUUGGUGCAGUAUAUGGUAGAAACCAUGCAUCUUCACAACUCCUACGCGUUUGGGUACUUCGUCUGCGAGGCACUCAAUUUUGUUAAUGUGAUGGUGAACAUCUUCAUGACUGACAAGUUCCUAGGUGGAGCGUUUUUAACAUACGGCACCGACGUGGUCUCAUUUUCGAACAUGAACCAAGAGAAUCGCACCGACCCAAUGGUCGCCGUAUUCCCGAGGGUAACGAAAUGCACAUUCCACAAAUAUGGUCCUUCGGGAUCCAUACAAAAACACGACGCGCUGUGUGUACUUGCUCUCAACAUUCUCAACGAGAAGAUCUAUAUUUUCCUUUGGUUCUGGUUUAUUAUUUUAGCAAUUCUCUCUGGGCUGGCCAUUGUUUAUUCGGCUGCGGUUAUUUUGCUGCCAAGCACCAGGGAAACUAUCCUGAGGAGGAGGUUCAGAUUUGGGGCUCCCAACGCUGUCGACACCAUCAUCAGGAAGACUCAGGUUGGAGACUUCCUUCUGCUCCAUUUGUUGGGCCAGAACACCAACCAGCUGGUGUUCGGCGAAAUUUUGGACGAAUUCGUUCGCCGUUUGAAUUUCGGUAGCAACAGUAACGUCCCCUCCGCCCCCAGUACCCUAGAAAUGAGCCCCAUCUACCCAGAAAUCGAGAAAUUCAAAGAGACUGAGACAUAAGUAUUUAAAAGUACGACAAACUGACAACGAAAAUUUUCUACUACAUAUAUUUUUUUAAUUAUCUAGUUAAGGCCUUUGAAUAAUCGAUUCGAAUUUGUGCGAACCUAGAUUUAAUUCUAUUUGUAACGCCAUAGUAUUUUAGAUCUCAAAUUUUUAUGGGAUUUUUUACACAUUUAUUGAUUGUUACUGUGUGAUCAUCGAUAGGAUAGUAGGGAGUGCUUUUGCUCAUGCAGACAAACUUAUUAGAAUAAUUUUAUUGCGCAAUUUUUAGAUUUAUAAGCCUUUACAUACUGUUAGACAAUUAGGUAAGACUGUUGAUUUAUUUCAGAAAUCUUAUUUUAUACACUAAGUGCCUUUUGAAUAAAUUAAUUUUAAAGGA